AUGGAAGAAGAAACCAUGGAAAUGCAAAACAUGAACACUACUACCGCUACUACCACCACCACUACCGCUCGUGAAGUUCAAAAGUCUCUGCAUGUCUUACGGCGAAGCCGAAGACGGUGCACGGAGGUUGUUGGCGGUAAGGAGAAACUGAUUUUGCUAAAGGAAGUUGCUGUGGAGAAGAAAGAAAAGGAGGAAGACGAAGAAAGUGAUGAUAGAGAAGAGAUAGAGAGAAAGAUUAAUGCAUUGCAGAGGAUUGUACCUAACGGUGAGUCUUAUGGUGUGGACAAGCUUUUUGAUGAAACUGCUGGUUAUAUUCUGGCUUUACAGUAUCAAGUCAAAGCUUUGAAAGCUCUUACUGGUUUCUUUCAAAAGAUGGAGAAAGAUAAGACUAAACUUGGUGGUUAA